AUGAUGGCUUCUCAGCCUGCUCUCGUCAAGGGUGGCGGAGCGUCACUCGCGGCUCUUCCUUCUCUGCUCUGCUCUCCUGUCGCUUCUCACUGGGGUUUCGCCACUUGUCCUCGGCGCAAAAUUUGUUUUCUUUCCCGCCUCCCGGUGAGGCAGUCGCGCGUGCCGCGAUACGGUGGCAUUCAUCCCUCGUCAAGAAUCGCACGUUCCUCCUCUUCCUGUUCCCAUCUUCGCAUGCGGCCACCCUCUCCUCUCCGUUCUUUCUCCUCAACGCCUUCUUCUUCUCCUCUCUCUUCUUCUUCUCCUCUCUCUUCUUCUUCUUCACCCUCUUCUUCUCCUUCUGCCUCUUCUUCUCCGUCUGCCUCUUCUUCUCUCUCUCCUUCCUCUUCUCUGCGUGUAUCUUCUCCAACGUCUUCUUCUCUUUCUCCGUCUUCUCCGUCUGAGUUGCCGGCGCCGCUGCCGUUCAUUGCGCACGGGCGGACGAUGCCGGGUCAGCGUUUGCUUCCCUGCUCGCCAGAGGACGUAGCGAUUCUGUCUGCGUCUUCGCUGCGCUUUCCGAGCCCGCAGGAAGUCGAGGGCGGCGUGGUUGUGCGCCUCGUGCGCCUCAGCGAUCCGGUGACGAGUCCAGUCCUGCGCUCGGUCCGCAAUCGCCAGUACGGCAUCCGCGGGAACGAGCGCUGGUGGCUGCUCGGCGCAGGCUCUCUCGUCUCCGCCUGCCUCGUCGGCCUCGGCUGCUGGCAGCUCGCCCGCAUGCAGUGGAAACACCAGCUGAUCGAGUACCGCCGCGCGCAAAUGCGCAUGCCUGCGAUCUGGGUCACCACGGGGCCUUUCCCCUGGACGCUCCGUGCGCGCCAGAGCGCAGACUGCGAGGGACGCGAAGGGACUCGAACGCGCGACCGGCGAGACCACUCUCUGAGCUCGCAAGACGAACCCCGCAAAGAAGACGAAGGCAAGCCCGCGCCCGCCGUCGUCCCACCGAGCGAAGGAGUGGCUCUGCCUGCGGGUCGUGCCGCAGAAGCUUCUCUCGCGACAGAGGAAGAAGAGCGCCUGCGAGCGGCGUGGGCAUAUCGACCUGUGGUUGCGCGCGGCGUCCUCGACAGCACGACAGAGUUGCUCGUGGGGCCGCGGCCAGGCCUCGAACCCGGGACCACGGGGUACUUGCUGGUCUCGCCCCUCCGCCUGGAAGACGGCAACAUCCUUCUCGUGAACAAGGGACACUUGCGAACGGAAGACGCGAAACUCCCGCCUUUUAAAAGAGCCGAGAGUCGCCGCGACGGCGGCUGGCGCACGAAGGAAGUGAAUCUCGCGCAAGGCCGCGCCGCCCUCUCAGACGCAUGCAGCCAGAAGCUGACGAGUCUCGAGGGCGGAUCUGCUUCGACGUCUUUGGGGAAUCACGCGGCUUCGCGCCUCAGCGGAAACUUUCUCGCGACAAAGACCCGCGACGAGCCGCCAGGGUGGGUUACUGUGCGGGGGAUCCUCGAACCCGGCGAAAUUCCGAACUUGACAUUCCAGAGUCUCCUCGCUGGCAACCGCCCAAAGGAGGGCCAGUUCAUCUUCCUGGUCCCCGGAGACCUCGUGGAAGGGCUGAAGCCGGGCACGGUUCGCAACAAACGGGCGAGUGGAGCGAUGAUCCUCAACGCCUACGAUAUUGUCUACGACGAAGACGUCCGCGAGGCGACGCGGAAGCGCGAAAAGGCGAGAGACCUCGGACGAGCCGAGAACGGACCGAAAGACCAGGGAGAGGAGAGACGAGAAGAGGAAGAAGAGAGGAGAGAAGGCAAGGCAGGCGAGGGCGAAGCAGAAGGCGGCAGAGAAGACAGCAGACGAGUUUCUGGGGCGAAGACACAGGACGGGAACGUGAGUGCGACGAGAGGCGCCUCUGCGCUUGGGUCUUUGCCGAGGUCGUUAACGGCAGAAUUGGGCCUGGAGGAUCCCUCUUCUCUGGCGUCGCUCCUCGGGCUUUCGGAGAUUCCCCGAAGAUUUGCAAAGUACCAACAAAAACGGAAAGACGACUACCUCCUCUUCUGGGCAGACGAACACACUCACUUCAACUACGCCUGCCAGUGGUUCGUCAUGGCCCUUUGCACAGCGAGCAUGACUCUGUACAAAUUUGUCGAAGUUUCCAGGUGGAGGUGGUAG